UUUAUGAUGUUUUAGUCACUCGAUGGAUUUCAUUGGCUAAAACGAAGAAAUGCUCCGCCUCUUUGCAAAUGUGUGUGAAGGGGGGAAGUGUCUAAACUUCUAUGUCUGAUGGCAUUUGACCCUAUUGCUUUUAGCCUUCUGGCUAAAUAUCUAUAUAUACACAGGUAUAUGUGUAUAUUUUAUAUAGUUGCUCUCCGUUGGUUGAUAUCAAGGAGAGUUGAAGGAAAUGAAUUUUGAAACUUCACGGUGUGCCACCCUACAGUACUGCCCCGACCCUUACAUCCAGCGCUUUGUAGAAACCCCAGCGCAUUUCUCUUGGAAAGAAAGUUAUUACCGAUCCACCAUGUCCCAGAGCACACAGACAAGUGAAUUCCUCAGUCCAGAGGUUUUCCAGCAUAUCUGGGAUUUUCUGGAACAGCCUAUAUGUUCAGUUCAGCCCAUUGACUUGAACUUUGUGGAUGAACCAUCAGAAAAUGGUGCAACAAACAAGAUUGAGAUUAGCAUGGACUGUAUCCGCAUGCAAGACUCGGACCUCAGUGACCCCAUGUGGCCACAGUACACGAACCUGGGGCUCCUAAACAGCAUGGACCAGCAGAUUCAGAACGGCUCCUCGUCCACCAGCCCCUACAACACAGACCAUGCGCAGAACAGCGUGACAGCGCCCUCGCCCUAUGCGCAGCCCAGCUCCACCUUCGAUGCCCUGUCACCAUCGCCGGCCAUCCCCUCCAACACUGACUACCCAGGCCCGCACAGCUUCGAUGUGUCGUUCCAACAGUCSAGCACCGCCAAGUCUGCCACCUGGACGUAUUCCACCGAGCUGAAGAAACUGUACUGCCAAAUAGCAAAGACAUGCCCCAUCCAGAUCAAGGUGAUGACCCCACCUCCUCAGGGCGCUGUCAUCCGUGCCAUGCCUGUCUACAAGAAAGCCGAACACGUCACUGAAGUGGUGAAGCGUUGCCCCAACCAUGAGCUGAGCCGUGAAUUCAAUGAGGGACAGAUUGCCCCUCCUAGUCAUUUGAUUCGAGUGGAAGGGAACAGCCAUGCCCAAUAUGUAGAAGACCCUAUCACAGGAAGACAGAGUGUACUGGUACCUUAUGAACCACCCCAGGUUGGCACUGAAUUCACGACAGUCUUAUACAAUUUCAUGUGUAACAGCAGUUGUGUUGGAGGGAUGAACCGCCGUCCAAUUUUAAUCAUUGUUACUCUAGAAACCAGAGAUGGGCAGGUCCUGGGCCGCCGUUGCUUUGAGGCCCGGAUCUGUGCUUGCCCAGGAAGAGACAGGAAGGCAGACGAAGACAGCAUCAGGAAGCAGCAAGUUUCGGACAGCACAAAGAACGGCGAUGGUACGAAGCGCCCUUUUCGUCAGAACACACAUGGCAUCCAGAUGACAUCCAUCAAGAAACGAAGAUCCCCAGAUGAUGAGCUGUUAUAUUUACCAGUGAGGGGCCGAGAGACUUAUGAAAUGCUAUUGAAGAUCAAAGAGUCUCUGGAGCUGAUGCAGUAUCUUCCUCAGCACACGAUUGAAACAUACAGGCAGCAGCAGCAACAACAACACCAGCACUUACUUCAGAAACAGACCUCGAUGCAGUCUCAGUCUUCAUAUGGUAACAGCUCCCCACCUCUGAACAAAAUGAACAACAUGAACAAGCUGCCUUCUGUGAGCCAGCUGAUCAAUCCCCAGCAGCGCAACGCCCUCACCCCCACCACCAUUCCAGAUGGCAUGGGAGCCAACAUUCCUAUGAUGAGCACCCACAUGCCAAUGGCUGGAGACAUGAAUGGACUCAGCCCCACCCAGGCCCUCCCUCCCCCACUGUCCAUGCCAUCCACCUCCCACUGCACCCCCCCACCUCCGUAUCCCACAGAUUGCAGCAUUGUCAGUUUCUUAGCAAGGUUGGGCUGUUCAUCAUGUCUGGACUAUUUCACGACCCAGGGGCUGACCACCAUCUAUCAGAUUGAGCAUUACUCCAUGGAUGAUCUGGCAAGUCUAAAAAUCCCUGAGCAAUUCCGACAUGCCAUCUGGAAGGGCAUUCUGGACCACAGGCAGCUGCACGACUUCUCCUCUCCUCCCCAUCUUCUGCGGACCCCAAGUGGUGCCUCUACAGUCAGCGUGGGCUCCAGUGAGACCCGUGGCGAGCGUGUGAUUGAUGCCGUGCGUUUCACCCUCCGCCAGACCAUCUCCUUCCCACCGCGUGACGAGUGGAAUGACUUCAACUUCGACAUGGAUGCUCGUCGCAAUAAGCAACAGCGCAUCAAAGAGGAGGGGGAGUAAAACCCAUUUUGUGGGCUCUUCCUACACUCUUCCCGCCAGCCCACCCCUUAAAAGGCACCCUUGCUUGAUCUUCACAGCAUUGUCCCUAGCUCCUCCCCUUCCUCUUCUCUGAUUUCUUAGGAAAAGAAGUAGUAGGAGGCUACCUCUUAGCUAACCUCUGACCUGGCAUCUGAUUCUGAUUCUGGCUUCAAGCCUUCAAAUCUCUUGCUUGCAGGACUGAGUGGUCAGGGCUAGAUAGAAGUGAGCAAAAAAAA